GGGAGAUAGUGACUAGCGCGCCCCAUCACAACACAGGGACCAGGCACCGGAGAACAGACCCUCUCACACCCCCGCCCUCUCCACCGACUAACACAGCUACUCUGCGGCGGAACAAGUCCGGCUGCAACACCGGGUUAACAAUCAGCCAGCACCGGUCAGUACACAGGCGACUGCUCUAUACCCGCAGUCCGGAGGAAAAAACGAAAAACAAACAGCUUCAAAACUGUUGCACCACGUUUUAAAAGUGGACCUUACGCCGCCUUACUUCUUGGACAUGGGCGAUAUGGGGGAUCCACCGAAAAAAAAGCGGCUCAUAUCGUUGUGUGUCGGCUGUGGGAACCAGAUCCACGACCAGUACAUUCUGCGGGUCUCUCCGGACCUCGAAUGGCACGCUGCCUGUUUGAAGUGUGCAGAGUGUAAUCAGUAUCUGGACGAGUCUUGUACCUGCUUUGUCCGAGACGGGAAAACCUACUGUAAAAGGGACUAUGUUAGGUUAUACGGGAUAAAGUGCGCUAAAUGCAACAUCGGUUUCAGCAAGAAUGACUUCGUGAUGAGAGCGCGCUCCAAGGUGUACCAUAUCGAGUGUUUUCGGUGUGUGGCCUGCAGCCGACAGCUCAUCCCGGGGGACGAGUUCGCUCUGAGGGAGGAUGGCUUGUUCUGCCGGGCCGACCAUGACGUCGUGGAGCGGGCAACAAUGGGCGUCGGAGACCCCCUCAGCCCCCUCCACCCGGCCAGACCUUUACAAAUGGCAGCAGAACCAAUAUCAGCCAGACAGCCCGUGCUUCGACCGCACGUCCACAAACAACCGGAGAAGACCACACGCGUACGGACCGUUCUUAACGAAAAGCAACUCCACACGUUGCGGACCUGCUACAACGCCAACCCCCGACCCGACGCUCUGAUGAAGGAGCAGCUAGUCGAGAUGACCGGUCUCAGUCCCCGAGUCAUCCGGGUCUGGUUCCAAAACAAGCGUUGCAAGGACAAGAAGAGGAGUAUUCUGAUGAAACAGUUACAGCAACAGCAGCCCGACGACAAAACGAAUAUCCAGGGAAUGACGGGCACACCGAUGGUGGCGGCCAGCCCGGAGAGACACGACGGUGGUUUACAGGCUAACCCAGUGGAGGUGCAGAGUUACCAGCCGCCUUGGAAGGUCCUCAGUGACUUCGCGUUGCAGAGUGACAUGGAUCAACCCGCGUUUCAACAACUGGUCCAUUUUUCGGAGGGAGGACCUGGUUCCAACUCGACAGGGAGCGAAGUCGCCUCGAUGUCAUCCCAACUUCCAGACACACCCAACAGCAUGGUCUCGAGCCCUAUAGAGGCGUAGGGCCUCGAGGACCGACUGUAGACUACGUUAGACUAUUGUCAUAUUUCUGACUGAUGAUGAAGUGAUGCUAGUUGGGCAAAGGGGCGGACUGACUGAAAACUGAAAGAAAAAAAAUAAUAACUCGGGGUUGAAAGAAACAAAAUGUCACUCAAUCUCUUGAGUUGAUUUCAUUCGAACUGAGAGAUUAAAGAGAAUCCUCCUCCCGCAACUGCACGAAGCCUCUUUAACGACGAAUCAACCCCUUGGUUGUAGUUUUACACUGUGAAGACAAUCAUGGAUUAUUACCCCACCUAGAUCUGUCCAUAUGUCCGUCAUACGUCCGUCUGUCCACCCGCCGCAAAACAACCCUGGAGAAGAGGAAAGGAGAGGACAAUGGAGCAGUCUAUGGGCUCUAUUCAAUCUGUGUUGCUGAAGCGUUACAUAUUGCGCGAUAGACAUUUAAAGCUAAUUUCCUAUUUAGCUGACAUAUACAGCGAUUAACAUGAAUGCAGUCUCCGCUAACGCGGGGGGAACAUUGCCUCUUUCAGUCACGCUGCAACGCUGAACCUCAGCUAUACGGUUUGAAUAGAGCCCUAGAAGAAGUGCGUGUUUCCAGGAGCCGCGGAGAGAGCGCAUCUGCCUGCACCAUAAAGUGUCUGCGACUCAUGCGUAGCGAGAUCUGUAGAUCUCACUACGUCAACCAAUGACUGGUGCUGCCCGUUGGAAACUCCUGGUAACAGUUUGACAAAAACAAUUUAUAAUACUACACCACACAUACACUCCUGGACAAACGGACCUCUAGGAAAAAUAUAAACUUUAAUAUUGCAGAUGAAAUCUGGUUCUACAUUUGCACAUUGUUGUGCAUAAUGUUUGAAUAUACAAACAAAUGACUGGCUAUUCUGUUUCUCUAAAAUAACUUGACCUGAGAUUCACCUCCUGAUAAGAUGCCGUUUGGAGGGGAUUGCAAAUAUUGCUAUUCAAUUAUUUUGUUAUUAUCUCCUUGAUAAAGCCCAAGUAAGGCCUACUUAAGCAUUGCAACAAGGUAUACCUCUAUUUUGCCACAAGUUACGUGGGACUUUUAUGUGUGAGUUUGUGUCCAUUCAAGAAUAUGUUUUUUUUCUUUCCCAAAGAUGUGUAUAAGUUAUAAUGACCGUUUUUUUUUUCGUUUGUUCCUGUUAAACAAAAUUAUUUAUUAUUUAUUGUUGAAAGACUUGCCACUUUUUUUUGUGUAACUUUCUUUACUGAAGUAAAAAAAGAAAAACGAUUGUACCGUGGUCUCCGAUUUAUCUAUCCUAAUUGUAUGCGUCCUGUCCCUUUCUAUAUAUUACUAAUAAAACAAGGCCAUGUGUAGAAA